AAAUAAAACGAAAGAAAGAAAGAAAUAAAACAACGUAAAGAGAAAAAAGAUGAUGAAGAAGAAGAAGAAGAAAAAGAAGAAUAAGGGCAAAUAAAUUGGAAGGGAGAAGAAGCUAUGAUACGAGAUGGUAACCUUCAACAAAGUUCGAAUAAUACGGUAGGGUGUCGUGGAUGCGCAUUGGCUUAGUAACUCCCCCGUAUAUGAUGUUGUUAACGCGCAUCCUCUAGAUUUUCCGACCACGACCGUCAGUAUGCGGUCGUGCAUUCCACGCGGGCACACCUGUUUGCUCUCUCUUCCUAUAGUAUUAUUUCAACGCGACUAUGUUCACGCAUUGACAUACGUGUUAGGGGUAUAACAUAUACAGAGAGACAUAGAGACUUCUCUUCGUUAGACAAGAUAUUCUAUUUAGAUGUAUUAUUUACCUAUAUAGACAAAUAGAAAGAUAGAGAGAGAGAAAGAGAGAGAGAGGGAGAGAGAAAUAGAUAAAUAAAUAAAAAGAAAAAGAGAAGAGGGAGAGAGAAAUAUGCAGAGAUGGAUAGAUAAAUAGAUGGAUAGAUAGAUAGACGAAUUUAUAGACGGGCAGAAAGAAAGAGACUGAAAAAGAGAGAGAAGGAUAGAUUUAGUCGAGAAAGAGGAACGUCCUCGUGACUUCAACCACGUGUCUUCUCUCAUCUUUCUCGUCAUAGACGCGAACAAAUUAAACGAUCGAUAGAGUAUCCUUACAAUAUUUAUGUUCCCUCUCUAUAUCGUGCACGUAUACAAGUGAUUCUGUUAGCACGUGCUUGUUCGUUCUUUCUCUCUCUCUCUCUCUCUCUCUCUCGUGUUCGAAAAUAUGCACAUACCUUCAUAACCAUGAUACGUGCUAUAUAUAUAUAUAUAUAGUACUCGGUGACAGUUACAAUUGAUUUUUCACUUCCAUUCCACUUAAACAUUGGAGUUUUUUAUAUUUCAAUCAAUAAAAAAAAUACAAGUGCGUUUGUCAUAUAUUUGUAAAAAAAAAGAAGCAUUUUAUAUAUAUAUAUAUAUAUAAAAUACAGAAAAUAAGUCCAAAGUUCUUAGAUGAUUUUAAAAAUCAAUUACUCAUUUUCAAGACUCUUUGUAUUAAUGUUUUCUUUUUUCUGGAUUGUAAAAAAAUUUCCUAGAUUUACAAUUUAACAAUUUGAAAAAAAAAAGUUAAAAAAAAGAAGUUCAUUUGAAGGGUCCGAGAAAGGUCACAUAAAGGAUUUUUUGGCCUACCCUAUAUUAUUGAUCGUUCGAAUUUAUUUAUUCUUAUUAAAUCAAUCUCUUAUAAAAUAUUAUUUUCGAUCAAUAAAUAUGUGCGUGCGUGCCUGCGUGCGUGACUGCAUGCGUGCGCGUAUGCGUGCGUGUAUGCGUGCGUGUAUGUGUCCAUGUAUAUAAUAACGAGUAUCUAAUUGAGAUCUUAAUUAAUUGCAAUCUCGAUGGUUUCCUCAUCUUCCUCGUUGACAAAUCAAUAAUCAAUGACCGAAUAGUACAGUGAAUAACAAUUGUGUACGUAGAUAUUAUAUAACACACCUGUGAUAUCGAGUUGACAUUGCAGUUCAUAUAUAAAACACACACAUACUUACAGUCGUAGCCAUUGAGAUGAUUUUAUGGUGGCCCCUUCCUUGUCUAUAUGUACCUUUAUGUUGAGCUUGAAUGUGAAUGGACAGAGAGAUAGAUAGAUAGAUAGAUAGUUAGAGAGAGAGAGAGAGAAAGAGAGAGAGAGAGAGAGAGAGAGAGAGAGAGACCUUCUCGAUGAGAUAAUACGACCGGCUGUGAUAUGCCAUUCAGGCCCGAACUCGGGACCGUCGAAUUGUGAGAGAGAUCGAGAAGCGAGGGUGGACACACAUCAGUUGCGAUCAUGCUCACCAUAAAAAACGACAUGUCACCGCGUAACGGAUCCUGCGUGGCAGAGAUAAGCUCGGUAAGGAGUCUUUCAUCGGAGGAUGUGUCGGCAAAGGCAAAUCGUAAGAAAUCCUGUUGGGCACGUGCCACGGAUCCUGCGAGUCGUCGUGGCCGAAGGAUUCAAUUGUUGCAAAUGUUGGUACUACCGUUCAUACCGAUCCUAGCUUUGAUCGUACAAACUGCCAAUACGCUCCACGACAUAUUGAUUUAUCGGCAGGAAGUAUCGGACAUCGAAACACAGGUAACCAUAGCUACAGAUUUGGGCAAAGUGGUAACCAGGAUGCAACUCGAAAGAUCCGAAGUAGCAUUCUUUAUUUAUACCAAUGGCAGCACUUUAAGGUCCAAUCUGACACAAAGAUUCGCUAUAACCGAUCAUGCUCUGCAUAAUAUGACAACCUGGCCCUUGGUUUCCGUCCCAAGAGACGAAAGCAAGACGCAAACAUACGAUGUUGUUAGCAAGGAAGCCUUUCAAGCACGGCUCGAGGAUUUCAGACAGAAAAUAAGCUCGGAAGAGAGUAGUAUAACGGAGGUGAUGGCUUGGUACACAAGCGUAAAUGCCGCCAUGCUAGAUCAUUUGACCAAUCAGAUCAAGGAAACAGAUAACAGCGGUGUAUGGAGAUAUUUGAUAGCCUUCAAAAAUCUAUUACGAAGCAUCGAAAGUCUUGGCAUCGCUUCCGUUUAUGGAAUCAAUUAUUUUGGACGUGGAAUACUUUUAGGAGAAAACUAUGUUAGUUAUGUACGUCAUGAAGCUCUAGGACGAGAUCUGUUGAACGGAUCCCUCACAUAUGUGCCUUCUUUAAAACACUUUUAUAUCGACCUUACUCGAACAAUGUCCGACUAUGGCAGGAUCAAAUCUAGGCGAGAUGAAAUUCUUCGGAAUCGAAAGCGAGAGCCUAGCGUGGAAGACGCCAUUGCUUAUUUUGAUUCAAUGGCGACCUACGUCGAUGAACUACGUAAACUUCAACGCGAAUUACGUCAUAUGAUACGGGAUUAUGUUAAUUCAACUUUGCAAGAUGCCAGUAAUAAGGAGGUUGCUGGUAUAGCCAUUGUUGUUUUGGUCCUAGUUGUUUCACCUAUUAUUAUAAUAUUAGUACGCAAUGCAGUGGCUACUAUUCAAAUGUAUGCUGCCAAUUUAGCGCAAAAAGCUCGUGAAUUGAAGAGAGAGAAGAGAAAGAGCGACACUUUGCUCUUUCAAAUGUUACCACCUAGCGUAGCUCAACAACUAAAACAAACUCAACAGGUGCCAGCUGAGUAUUACGAAGCAGUGACCGUUUACUUCAGCGAUAUCGUUGGGUUUACUGAAAUUGCCGCUGAAAAUACACCGCUCGAGGUUGUCACAUUUCUCAAUUCGAUUUACAAAUUGUUCGAUGCCCGUAUCGAAUGUUACGACGUUUACAAGGUCGAAACCAUUGGUGAUUCUUAUAUGGUUGCUUCCGGUUUGCCAGUUAGAAAUGGUGAUAAGCAUGUGUCCGAGAUUGCAACGAUGGCUUUAGACCUAUUGGCUGCUUCCUCGGUCUUUCAAGUACCGAAACGUCCCGGUGAACGACUUCAAAUACGAAGUGGUGCACAUACAGGACCAGUUGUGGCAGGUAUCGUGGGCAGUAAAAUGCCACGGUAUUGUUUAUUUGGUGAUACGGUAAACACGGCGAGUCGUAUGGAAUCAACAGGCGAAGCUUUACGGAUUCACAUUAGUUUAGAAAUGAAAAAGGCCUUAGACGCUGUUGGAGGAUUCAAAAUCGAGCAUCGCGGUUUGGUAGACGUUAAAGGGAAAGGCCUAAUGGAUACAUAUUGGUUGGAGUGUAAGGAUGGUGGGAUUGCAAGAGCAGCCGAGCUGGACUUGCCGUCAUUCUUUGAAGAUGUACGACCAGUUUUCAUGCGCCGUUUACGAGAGGAAGGUACCCUCUGAUGCGAGCCCUACUCCCGGCGAGACCUGUGGUACAUAAAUCGUCCUGUACGACCUUGUAUACGCCUAUCUCAGCCAAAUCUUAUCGACCACUUGAAAAAACCUAGCCAAGGUCGUAAAAAUCGACUCUCUCAUCCGAAUCUUCA